AUGGCGACGACUCCCUCCUCAGAUCAGCGGACGGAGUUCUUCCAGCAACUCAAGAAAGUCUGCGUCCCUCUUAGCCAGCUUGCUCUCGUCCCGAAAGACAAGGCUGUUGACUCCAAGGAAGUCCUCCGGUUGCUCGAGUCGCUCAUCAGCCUCUGGACCUUGCAAGCAGGCAGAGACGACACCAUUCUGGAUGACAAACUCGCCGACUACGUCUUCUUUCCGCUCUCCCACCUCCUCAAGGGUCGGGACCGGUACUCCGUGCGGGUAACCGAGACCGUCAUCCGCCUGCUCCGGCUGCUCAUCCAGCAUGGCUGGAAAGCCAAGGCGUCCCCGCAGCUCUUCCAGCAGCUGCUGAUCUUUCUCACCUUCGUCAUCGGCGGCGUUCCGGGCCAGCCAAAGAAAGAUGUACCCGAGGAAACCGUUGUCGAGGGCUUCCGCACGCUCGCGGCCUUGGUGACCAUUGCUCAGCCGUCCCAUUUCUCCGCGCCACCGUCCGAGUCCGGGUCCGAGCCCGAGUCGAAAAAUGAAACGAUACAGGCACUCGACCUGAGUGUCACGGUGAUGCUGGAGGGGAUUACCGAUGGGUUGAUUCCUGCGAUUCAACUCGAAGCAGCCCAAUGUCUACGGGCCGUCUUCACCACCAUCAAGCAGCACCCCGUCCUGGCACAGGUUCUGCCCGGCACGGUCUCGGCCCUCGCUAAAGUCCUGUCUCCGCCCCAGGCGAAUCAGACUCAGAGACGGGUCUUGCAGAGAUGCCUCGAAGUUCUCAAACUGGUUCUCGUCACUGUGCUCGGCGACAUCAAAGUUAGAUCCAUUCUCAGAGAGCUGCAGAGCACAGGUGAAACAGAUCCCAAUGUGACAGCAGAGCCGAAAAGUUCAUCCUCUUCGGGACUCCUGACACCCUCCUGGCUCAAGGCGACCGCCUCCCAGCUCAAGAUUGCCUUGUCGGCCGUUCUCAAGCUGCGGGCACAUGAAUCAGAGGACGUGCAAUCCGCCCUGCACAGCUUUUGCAUCACACUACUCGACGAAUGCCAUUCCUCCCUUGCUAACUGCCAGUUAAUCCUUGUCGAGACCGCCAUGAUGUUGGAGGACCCAGACACCACACAGUCACGUCUCCAAACAAGUCUUCAGGACCUUGCUAGCGUCCAUCCGGAACUCGGCAACAGCAUCAAGUCAGCCCUGUACAAUUGGGUCACCGGCCUUCCUCGGGUCAUGCAGUCGAGCGAUGAACGGGUGAGGCAGCUGGCGAUCAGGAGUAUUUUGAGAGGCAGUAAGCUGGCCGCCGCCCUGCACAUGGAUUCUUCCACGCUCGAUAUCGCCCUGGGGGACUCGCUCCGGGACGGCAUCAUUAUGCUGGUCAAGGGUUCAAAAGAGCCCAAGAUCGUAGACGAUGCAGCGGCAGAUGUAUUGACAAGCAGCGGAGACCUGGUGAGGUCGGGGACGGAGCUGGCAACAUACAGCCCCGUCCUCCUGAAUCUGGAGGGCCAAAAGACCACAAGGAUGGAGAUCAACUCGCUCAUAUCCAACAUUGGCUCCACGGCACAGCAAGUCAAAGUCGCUACGACGAUGCUAAGCCACGUCCGGGACUCGGAAGGUGUCGAACGGAUCGCUUCGUUGUGGCUGUCUUUUGAGCUGCUAAAGGCAACCUAUGCACAAUCCUCGGAACUCGAUGAACUGCUCGAUCUGUCCUCGUUCGGAGAAUCGAGACACCAGGAGGAGGCGUUCCGGGAACUCUACGAUUUUUCCGUCUCCGUCCUGGCCGCGCACUCGGACUCGGUCGAGGCGGACUGGCGGUUGGAGGCCAUCGCACUGGAGGUGGCAGCAUUCGCCGCCUCGCGUCUAAAGAGCGACUUCCGACCGGAGCUCAUCGACGUGCUAUACCCUGUCACGACGUUCCUUGGCUCGCGGGUAUCGCAGCUCCGGGCGCACGCCAUCACCACGCUAAACAUUAUCGCCGCCUUCUGCGGCUACGGGAGCGUCUCGGAUCUGAUUGUCGAUAACGCGGACUACAUGGUCAACUCUAUCUCCCUCAGGCUCAACACCUUUGACAUCACACCAGCCUCUACCAAAGUCCUCACCAUGGUGAUCCGGCUGACCGGUCCGAGGCUGUUACCCUACUUAGACGACGUCGUCGCCGCAAUAUUUGCCGCCCUCGACAACUACCACGGCUAUCCCGCGUUUGUUGAGAGCCUAUUCUCGGUCCUGACCGAGGUGGUAACGCAGGGCGUCAAGUCCGACAUGCUCCUCCUCGAAGACGGCAGCACCAAAUCCGUCGAUCACCGAAAACGGCCACCAUCAUCUUCCGGAAUCCCGGGCAUCCUGCAGACUCUCACGGCUCGCCUGGAACGCGAGGAACGCUCACGCAAAGAACGAGAGGAAACGGAAUUCAUCCCGCACCCCAAGCAGCCGUGGGGUCCCACCAAAGACGAGGCCGGCUCCCUGCUCGACAAACUCACUAACCCCGACGCCGAUGCCGGCGCGGACGUCGAUGCCGACGCCGAACAAGCCAAGGGCGUGUCCGAAACCGACCGGAACACCCCCGACGACAAGCCCAAGACGCCGACCUACGCCCUCCUCAGCCAGAUCGUCUCGCUGACCCAGCACCACCUGACCUCGCCGACGCCGACCCUGCGCAAGUCCCUGCUGGACCUCGUCGCGACGGCGGGGCCGGCCCUGGCGCCCGACGAGAACGCCUUCCUGCCCCUCGUGCACGCCGUCUGGCCCGUCGUGCUAGCGCGCCUGCGGGACCCGGAGCCGUUCGUCGCCGUGGCCGCGUGCCGCGCCCUGGCGGCGCUCUGCCAAGCCGCCGGCGACUUCCUCUCCAGCCGGUUCCGCAGCGAGUGGUCGGGUGGGGCCGGGUCGCUGAGCGGGUGGAUUCGGAAGGUCAAGGAGGAGGCCAUGGCGAGGAGGCGGCGCGGGGCGGGGAUGGCGCUUCCCUCUCCGGCCAGUGGUGGUGGUGGUGGUGGUGGUGGUGGUGGUGGUAAUGGUGGAAGGAAGGGGUUUGGGAUCGCGGAUGGAGAGGGAAUAUUAGUACCCACCAGGGACGGUGUGGACGGGGAGGGGAUGAGGAUGGUGGAAAGCACGUCGUCCUCCUCGGGCGGUGCGCUGGGCCGGUUCGCGCAGGCGUCGCAGGUGUGGGAGGCCGCGGUGGGGCUGCUCACGGCCAUAGUUGCGUACGUCAGGGUAGAGGACGACAUGUUUGACGACAUACUGGGGCUGGUGGUGGAUGUGCUACCGCAGCAUGGCGAGCUGAAGGAGGCGCUGGAGACGAUCAACUCUGAUGCCGUCUGGCUGGCGCUGUACGAGCGGGGGAUGGUCCAGGGACGGGCGACGCCGGUCGUGGAGGGGCUCGACUUUCGGUUCGCGAGCGUCGAGGGCGGCCAAGCAGUGCAGGUAGGGGGUAGCUAG